AUGGUAUUGGAUGUCGAUGGCUAUCCAGUUGCACCAGCAGAACUUGCUCUUGCACAAGUGCACGUCUACCUCCGGCACGGUGAACGUACGCCUGUGAGGGUGCGGAUGGCGGAGCCACCUGCUUCAAUUCCAGCUCACUGGACUUUAUGUAGAACUGCCCGUCAAUUCCAUGCUGCCGUGGCAACAUUUGGUGAAGCGGUCUUGGAUGCACCUCGGUCUUCGGAUAGAGUGGAUUUCUUGCCCGCCAAACGUCUUGUAGAGCAGGCAGAUGGCAAUGUUCUUGACGGUGAAUGCCUACUUGGAGAGCUCACAGAUGUUGGUAGACAGUCGACAUUUAAUCUAGGUCGUUCUCUGAGAAAGCUAUACGUCGACAAGCUCGGGUUUCUUCCAGAUACGAUGUCGGAUAACACAGAAGGAUAUUUCCGGUCGACGAACAUUCCCCGAACUAUUGAGUCGUUACAACAGGUCAUGCAUGGGUUGUAUCCCCGCGCAAAACUUGCACAUGGCAUCACUCCAGAACUACGUGUGAGGAACGGUGUAGAUGAAAACCUCAUCGCGAAUUCGUAUACUUGCAAGCGUCUGGAGCAUCUACUUAUUGGCUUUGCUCAGGCGGCGGCCGCUGCGUAUAAUCACACUCUCGAGCCUCUCGAUGAGAAGCUCUCAAAAUAUAUUGGUGGUAGACCUGUCCGCAUCGAUGGACAACCAAGAGCAUCUGGGAUACUCGACACGAUCAAAGCAAGUAUGGCAAACGGCAUCAAAGUUCCUCCAGAAUUCGAGGACAAGGAGGUCUUGGAUCUAAUUGAACGGGCGGUCGUCACAGAGUGGUUUUCAGCAGAUAAAACGGAGGAAGUAAGACGACUAGGCAUGGGUCGCCUUCUCGACGAUCUAUCUCAUAAAAUGGCUCUCAAGGCAGCACCAGCAUCAACCGCGAAAACAAACAAACCGCGAAUACUAGUGCAUAGCACGCACGACACUGCUCUAGCAGCUCUACUUGCGACCUUUGACGUAUUCGAUGAUAAAUGGCCCGCUUUCACGGCUUCAAUCACCUUUGAACUAUUUAAGAAAGCGUCAGUGGAGCAAGGGCAAACGUCAUACUUACAAACUGUUCUCGGCACCUUCUCACCGUUCAAGACAACUAAACCUACUGAACACUUCGUUCGCAUGCGAUACCAAAAUCAAACUAUGAUACUUCCUUUCUGCGCCGCCAAGGGCAAACAUCUCGAAGGACACCCCGAGUUCUGUUCACUCGCUGCGUUCCGGGAACGGGUUCGGGAGUUCGUCCCGGCAGACUGGGAGGAAGCUUGCAAAUUACGACCCGCGUCAUAG